AUAUUUGUGAGCCUUUGCAUGUCCAUGUUUUAGAUUCUCUUUAUUCAUUGUGGAGAACAAUAUAUGUAUACAAAGCUAUGCUUCAUUUCUACCUAUCCAGGAUAUGAAAUCUCUCGUUUUGGAUUUUAUAGUACCUCAAAUAGUAAUAUUGGUAGAAAUACUUCUGAAAAUGUUUAGCGAUGUCUAUAGGGAACAUCGCCAUCUGCAGUUUCCUGUUCAUGGCAACAAAGGGGAGCUUAAGCGAAGAUCUCAAUUUUUCGAUAGCUCAAAGAGAUGCCGCAUACUUGGUGGAAAUUUCAGAUAUAGGUCGAAUCUCCAAUCUCCAAUCUCCCUAUCGAAAACCUCUCUACAAUUUUGUCCCUUCCAACAAAUACCAACAUAUGAACAUAUUUGGGCAAACUUCCAUCCAAUACAACAGCUUGGAUUAGAGAAGCCGGACGUGGUGCCUCUCAUCCAAUACAAUAUCUUAGAAGAGGACCUCCACAUUGUAAGGUCUUCAUUUGAGCAGGCUCGCUUCAAUCUGGUCACAGUUCUUUCUAAUGUCGAGGCCAAGAAGAGGUUUGAGUGUUUGGAAGCUGUUAGUGAGGCAAUGGAUGCUCACCUUAUUCGUUAUUUCAAACAAGGAUAUGAGCUAUUGCAUCAGAUGGAGCCAUAUGUCCACCAGAUCUGUUUUUGUUUAUGAAUUGCCAUAGAAAAUGUGUAGGGUGCUUAAUUUAGCAACAUGAGUUAGUGCAUAGACUAGAUGUGAUCUGCAUUCUUCUGAUCAGUUAGAAGACUCUAUGGCACAAUUGAACUAGCUUUGAUUUUUUCGCACACCAAAAAACAUCGAGAUGAACCACCGCAUCUGAAUGUGAAAAGGUUGGUUAUUAGUGUCUACAUAUAACAACUUUGUGAAUUCAAUUCUAG